GUUUUCCUUUUUUCUUCUAGUUUGGAUCACAAAGGCUCACAACGCGCGACGUGUCGGCCGUAUUCGGAACGCGUAAACAAUCUGAUUUGCAGAUCAAGAUAAUUAUUCUUCGCUUUGCAAAGGCAACUACUUACUAUCACAAUGACCUCUGAUCCUCCUGCUCCGGAUCAGCACCCGCCCUUCCCCUCGUUCACGUUCACGGACUUGCUCAACGCAUCAGACGACGACGAAGAAGACGAUGCUUUCUACACCUACGCCGAAUCGACAAGCGAUUCCUACAGCGCAGGCGACUCGGCCUCGUACAAUACCGCGUCUGAAGGCGCGUCGAUAGGGGCCGCGGCCGAGGGCGGUGAUAACGCGUCGCAGGCAGAGCGCGAGUUUGUCGCGCAGACGUUGGCGGAUAUGGGGAGGGGGAGUGAGGCGAGUAAGUCUGGCGUUUGGGUUCCUGGGCUGCCUAUCCACCUCGGCGGAGCAGAGUCUCUACGGACGCCUGCGACGCCUGUUAAAAUGGAGGACGAGGGGGAGAAGAACGCGCCUGAGACACCUGCGCCGUCUACGCCUGGAACAAUAGAUCUUGCCGACGCGAUCUCCGGUCUACGAAUCGACGACAGCAGCAAGCGUGAGCCAGAGGAGCCGCCAAAGGAGGAAGAAGAUAGCUCGGGAAAGACGAUGCUGCUGUUGUCGCCCUUAUCUUACAAUCACGUUUUCUCGCGCAAAUGGGUUGCCAAGCGGUAUCUCUCAUCGAUCGUCGAGCGGCCGCAGCGGUUAAAUGCUACCGCGCUGGGAAUCGGGGCUGCGAUGACGCUAGUCGACGAUGAUGACAGCAAGGGCGGGUUCGUACUGGAAUCCUCCACCCGCAGCGUUGAUCUCAACACCGCGCUACAUGUGAAACGCGUGCACGGCCAGAAAUGGCCGCGCGUGCUGGCCGAGCUGUGCGCGCAGUCAGAAGGCAAGCUUGCAGAGGGCAAGAUCGAGGUUCCCGACGGCUGGAACUCGGGCGAUAUCUAUCUCGGCCCGGGGACGUUGCCGGCACUGGAGGGGGUCGUGGGCACGAUUGAGGCGGGGGUUGAUUGUGUUUUUGGAGGGGAUGCGAAGAAGGCUAGGCGGUGUUUUGUCUGCGUGCGUCCGCCGGGCCACCACUCGCAUCCCUGUGCGCCGUCAGGAUUCUGUCUAAUCAACAACGUGCACGUUGCGAUCCAGUACGCAGGCUUACAGCACGAUCUGACGCACGCCGUGAUUCUCGACUUUGACCUGCACCACGGCGACGGCAGCCAAGACAUUGUCUGGAAACGGUCUGGUUUGGAAGACGCCGACGAAGAAUUCGAAGCCACCGAAGAAAGCGCAGAGACAAAGUCGAAAGCCAGUCCGAAGAUUGGCUAUUUUUCGCUGCACGAUGUGAAUUCGUUCCCGACAGAGGUCGGAUAUGCGACUGCCGAGAACAUCAAGAACGCGUCGGUGUGCUUGAUGGCUCAUGAUUUAGCAGUAUGGAAUGUUCACCUGGAGCCGUAUUCUACGCCGGCGGAGUUUGACGCUCUGUACGAGACCAGGUACUCUGAGCUGUUCACCAAGGCGGCGAAAUUUCUUGCUGCUGCCGAGGAGCGUGCUCAGAAGGAUGCAGCCGAGAACGGGGGCGAGGUCAAGUUCAAGGCAGGCGUGUUUCUGUCGGCAGGAUUUGACGCCUCCGAGUUUGAAGAUAAAGGGAUGCAGCGGCACGGGGUUCAUGUGCCGACCUCGUUCUACGCGCGGUUCACGAGCGACAGCGUCGCGCUUGCGGAGCGGUAUUGUGGCGGGCGAGUGCUGUCGUUGCUGGAAGGAGGAUACUCUGACGGCGCGCUGUGCAGCGGGGUGAUGGCGCACUUGGUGGGACUGCAGAGCGGGCUGGCGGGGUGGAAGGACGAGUACGCGAGUGCGAACGUGGUGAAGCAGCUCGAGAAGGGGUGUAAGCCGCGAUGGCACGCGCCAAAGAGCGCGGCCGCGCGGGAGAAUUGGGUCGUACGGGCGAUCGAGGUCGGGCGUGGGUUGAGACCCGAUGGCGGGGUGGUGGGUGAGGAUAGUGGGUUCAGCACGCCUGUGGGAUCUGCUUUGAAUUCGCCGGUGAAGGGCACGCCUAUGACUGCCGGCGGACGCGUGCUGCGCGAACGGCGGAGUACGCCUGUGUAUGCGGCGGGGGGAAGUCGCGCGUCUCCUAGCAAGAGGGUGGAGACGCCCGCACCUAGCAGGAGGGUGGAUACGCCCGCGGUUGCGAAGCAUAAGAUCGUGCGGGAGGACGGUGCGUGGAGGUUGGUGGAUGGGUUUGAGAAGUUGAAUGUGCAGGAGCAGCAGUAGUAGCAGUAGUGCUGUUUGUGUUUUCUUAGUUUGGGUUGUAUAAUUAGGCGAUUGCUAUGGGUAGUUGCUGGCGUCAGGAUAUAUUGUUUGAGAUUUAGCCGUAACGUACAUGUAGACGUUUAUUUUUGUAUAAUUAAUGGAAUAUAUGAGUGAGAUGCACUUUU